AUGGUAUCUGCAGGAGGAGCAACUCAGCAGGAUAUAAACAAACCAGAAGAUUUCUUUUCUGUGGAGCUUCCUUCCCUAAAUGACAGAGAAGCUCUGAGGAGAAGUGCUGUAUUGCACCCCAUCCUCACUGAAAAGGAUGGUGUCAUGUUGAAUGUGAAUGUGAAAGGAAGCAUUGGCAUCAGUGUCCAUGAGAUGGAGGGAGAAUUUACAUUUGAGGUGAGUCUCUGGGAAAAUUACAGUGUGCGUAAAGAGACGGUGGGCCUGGGGCAGUGCUGGAGUGGUAUAAAAGCAGGCCCAACUCCUCUCUCAGUCAUUCGCUCCUCUUGCCUCCAUCUCCCAGGGAACGAGGUGCCCCUCCAGACACAAGACAUGUCCUGCUACGACCAGUGCGUGCCACGCCUGCCCUGCCAGCCCUGCGGCCCCACCCCUCUGGGCAGCAGCUGCAACGAGCCCUGCGUCAGGCAGUGCCAGGACUCCAACGUCUUCAUCCAGCCCUCUCCCGUGGUGGUGACCCUGCCCGGACCCAUCCUCAGCUCCUUCCCGCAGAACACCGCCGUGGGCUCCUCCACCUCCGCUGCCGUUGGCAGCAUCCUCAGCUCUGAGGGCGUGCCCAUCUCCUCUGGAGGCUUUGGCCUCUCUGGCAUUGGCAGCCGCUUCAGUGGCAGGCGGUUCUUCCCCUGCUAAAUCUGUUGCUGAUGGCCCUGGAGGAAGAUCCCCAGGGUGCACAAAAUCUUUGUGGGACUUGAGACCAAACGAUGGAGCUAGUUCGAUCACGCUGCAAAUGUGAUCCAUGUCCUCCUUCCUUCCCCCUUUUCUCUCUCUCCUUUCCUUCCUGUGCCAUUACUGAUCACCAUCUGCUCCUCUGGGCAGUCAGACCCACAACACCAGCGUAGGGAGGACCUGAUGGCCCUUCUCCCGCUGUGGAAAGGGCGGAUGGAUGGAUGGCAGU